CCGUGCUUGACCACAAAUCCGAUAAGAAAAACCCCCCAUUUCUAGAGAGUCACGGGAAAAACUUGCCUCGUUCGAUCUGCGUUUCCUAAACGACGACGCUAUCUCGGCACUCUGCCCAUUCGAACGCCCCGGCUGGCCCCCCGUUCCGUAUAAAUAGUACCGCCCCAUCGCACUUGUUAUUAUCCCCGUCAGUGUUCUGCCGUGGUCUGAGUGUGAGCUCAAACUUCUAUUCACUAUGGCUGACAAAUGUGAGAAAUGCGGUUGUGUAGCUGAAUGUCAAUGCUGCAAAGGAGGCGCAUGCGCCAAGGAAUGCCCAUGCUCUGUUGUGGCGAAGGAGCUAAGUGCUGUGAAGGAAGAGAACAAUGCUGCAAGGGAUCUGAUCCGAAAUGCUGUGAGGGAAAAUCAUGCUGCAAGUAAACGCUAUCGGGUACGAUGCGGCGAUUUGCAGCAUUGCGUAUGCGCCUGUGCAUCGUAAACAGCAUCUCGUGUUUUGUUCCAUCAUAUCAACGCUAUUUCCACAUAUAAACACUGAUAAUUAACACAUCGCUUGUACCAUAUAUUUCUACGUUUUAUCCAGUUUUAUUGAAUUAUUUUUUCUGCAUGAAUAAAGGUUUGAUAAUACAAAUUUUUAUUCGGAUA